AUGUCACCAAGCGUGGGAUUUGUCCUGUUGAUGGCUUCUGUUGUUGGAAGCCUUGCUGUUGUACCGUUGUCUGUACCUUCAGGUGAGGUGGAGGCGCUGAGGCAGGUGUUAGAGGCCUCCUCACAACCCCAGUGUUCCCUCAUUAUCCUCACAGACGGGACCACCUCACACCUCACCCACCACCAGCUGAUGACGGAGAUGGGGAGGAGUGCGGGCGUUGUGGUGUUAGAGGUGGACAGUGAACAGGACCACAACACCACUAAAAUGAUGCUGUCCCACGCCCUCACCCAGGCUCGCACGAUGCGGGUGUUGUCAUGGUGUGUGACAGUGGUGGUGGUGAGCGACUCCCCCUCCUUCCUGGCCACCUUUGCCGCGUCAUCAGACAGUGGCCGCCUGCUGGUGUGGACGACGAAGAUGCUGGUGGUGACCAGAGUGCCUCUCCCUGAGCUGCGUCACCUCCUUCACCACUACUGGGUGUUCUCCAUGAUGAACACCAUGUUCCUCACCCUAGCUGAUGCCUCACAUGACCGAAGAUGUGAGGUGCACGUGUACCUCCCCUAUAGUACAGGUGGGCCCCAGGUGGUGGGUGUGGCUUCCUGGACCCCUGGCCGUGGUCUCAGUCUCAACACACACUGCACACUCUUCCCAGACAAGUAUAAAAACUUACACGGCGCCAAUCUUAACAUGACGGUGUUCCCCUUCUCGCCGUACUGGAUGGAGGUGGAGCAGCAAGGCCCGGAAGGUGUCACAACCUCUCGACGGACCGGCCGAGACUACCUCAUCCUGGAGACCAUCGCUGGCGCCCUCAACUUCUCCAUCAACGUCCUUCCUUAUGGUGAUUGGGAUGAGGUGAUGAGACGCCUGGAGGAGCGAGUGGCCUUCGUGUCACCCAUCAAGCUGGCCAUCAUGCCACACCUUCAGGAGAUCUACGACUUCACCUUCGUGAUUGAGCCAGCCACCCUCGGGUUCAGCAUGGCCAAACCCACCCUUAAGCCUCGUUGGCAGAGCCUGUACUACCCUCUGAGUGGUGAAGUGUGGGUGUCCAUCCUGGCCGUCCUGCUGCUGGUUCCUGCCGUCCUCCUCAUGAUAAACUACGCCAGCGAGGGGAAUGAAGCAGGACACAGACUGAAGGUGUGGACGGUGGUGCAAGAAGUCUUCGGGACGUUGCUGGGACAAACCUUCUCUAAAGGUCUCCCCAGCAAGAGCUCGACGAGGGUGCUGAUGGCGACGUGGCUGGUGUUCUCCUUCAUCGUCGGCAUUGCCUAUCGUGGUAACCUGACAGCCUUCCUCACCGUGCCCAAGUACCCCACCAGAGCUGAGAACCUGGAGCAGCUCAUUACUGUAGGAGCCACGUAG